CAAGUCUUAAUCUCUCUCUUCGGUACUAAAAUAGGCUAAUCUGUAGAAGCAGUUUACUCAAGUAUCACCCAGAGUGCCAGCUACAUCAGGCACUUUUUAAAGGGAUUUUUCAGUGUAACAUCUUCUCAUCUUCUCUUCAUUGCCUAGCACUCACCAAAAUCUAUGUACUAUUUGCUUUUAAAAUAAGUACUUUGUGGAUUGAGUCUACGUUUAAGAGGAUUUUUCUAUUCUUACAAGAUUGGUUAUCUUUGAGAAAACAUGAAAGAAUACACACUUCUGCUGUUUUUGGCUCUCUGUUCUGCCAAACCUUUCACCAGUCCUUCAUUCCUCACUCUAAAGAAUAUGAUGCUGAAGGACAUGGAAGAUGCAAGCAAUGACGACGAUGACGACGACAACUCUCUUUUUCCAACAAGACAACCUUUCGAACACCUGAUUCCUUUCGAGCUGUUUCCAGUAUGCCCCUUCGGAUGUCAGUGCUAUCUAAAAGUUGUCCACUGUUCUGACCUAGGUCUGACUUCAAUACCGAACAAUAUCCCACCUGAUACUCGCUUCAUAGAUCUCCAAAACAAUAAAAUUAAGGAAAUCAAAGAAAAUGAUCUUAGAGGACUCUCUUCACUUUAUGCUCUGGCUUUGAACAACAAUAAGCUCACAAAGAUCCAUCCAAAAGCCUUCCAGUCAACCAAGAAGUUAAGAAGAUUAUACCUGUCACACAACCAGUUGACUGAAAUUCCUGUUAACCUCCCUAAAUUAUUAGCUGAACUCAGAAUUCAUGAUAACAAAGUGAAGAAAAUAAAAAAGGAAACAUUCAAAGGAAUGAAUACUUUACAUGUUUUAGAAAUGAGCGCAAACCCUCUUGAAAAUGAAGGAAUCGAACCUGGGGCAUUUGAAGGUGUGACGGUUUUUCACAUCAGGAUUGCAGAAGCGAAGCUGACCUCCAUUCCUAAAGGACUGCCAUCCACUUUAUUAGAGCUUCAUUUAGAUGAUAACAAAAUUUCAGCUGUGGAGCUUGAGGAUUUCAAACGGUACAAAGACCUGCAAAGGCUUGGCCUGGGAAACAACAAAAUCAAAGAUGUCGAAAACGGAAGCUUUGCCAACAUACCACGUAUCAGAGAAAUACAUUUGGAAAAAAAUAAGCUUAAAAGAGUCCCUCCUGGAUUACAGGAUCUGAAAUACUUGCAGGUGAUAUUCCUUCACUCAAACAGCAUUUCCAAACUGGGAGUGAAUGAUUUCUGUCCAACGGGAAUAAAGAUGAAGAAGUCCUUAUACAGUGCGAUAAGUCUGUUCAACAAUCCUGUGAAAUACUGGGAAGUCCAACCUGCCACAUUCCGUUGUGUUUUAAGCCGAAUGAGUGUGCAGCUUGGGAACUUCAGAAAGUAAUAUGUUUACAAAUAAGAACCAAGUAUAAAACUCCUGCCUUGUAAAUUUUAGAAUACUUGAAAUCUGUUAAUAAGGAGCAACUGUGCGUCAAUGUUACAAAAUAUUUUCCCUUUAACAUUGAUCUUAAGUUAGACACAAUAAGUCACAAGGCUUUUGUUUCACUUGAUCAUUUUUUAAAUUUUAACUAUUUUUUAAAAUGCUGAUGUUGACUCAUGAAAAAAUAUAUUUUCAUGUUUUCCAUUAUAGAUGAAAUAAUCUGACCAUUUCUUUUUCCCUUAAAAGAAAAUGAGGUCCCUUUCCCUUAUUAGAUACAUUCUAUUGAAAGCAUUGUUAAAAAGGAGUCUAUAUGGAAGUUCUAAAUUUGGCCAGGUUUUGGGCACGGCAGUCAGCUGUGAUUAAGACACACUUGAACAGAUGCUUGAGCAAGGUACUGAUUACUAGUGAGGAUCAUAUUCUUCUAUCCUUGAUAAAUCAGGUAGUAGUUCUGAUUUUAUUAAAUGAUGUAGUGUUUUAUAUCUUAAAACUGAGAGCCAACGAUAGUCUUACUCCCUCAGUUACUAUUUUAUCACCUUCUUGCAAGAAAGGAACCAUAAAAGUUCAUUAUCCAUUUAUAUGCACCCUGAAAAUAAAAGUUGGCAUCUGGAUUAUAUUGUAUCCUUUCUUACUAGAAUUAUCAAACCUCUGUAGGAAAACAUAGUGUGCUUUUAUAUAAAGACUGUAACCGCAUUCUUCAAUUACAAAAAGUAUCAUACUUUUAUUGCUAUAUAUUUGUUAAGUUGACUUCUACACGAAUAUUUCUCAUGCAAUCUAAAAUUCUUUAACAGGUAGUGAAGAAAUAUGUAGGUGCCAUAACUGCCUAGGUAGAUCAUCAUGUAAAAUACACAAUACUGACAGUACUGUAUAAAUA